UGUCCUCCGAGCCAAUGUGGAAGAAUUGAUGCAAGAGCACCAGCAAGCAUGGGUGGAUCUCUUCAUAUCUGGUGUGGAAAUCAGAAAGAUCACAGACGCCCAUACUCCGUCCAGUCGCACAGUCAACAACACGCUGUACUACAUUCUGUCGACCUCCACAGCGCCCCUCCUGGAUCAGAGUCUGACCGCAGAAGAGCACGAACGCCUGGAGUCCAGUCUGAACUACGCCGACCACUGCUUCAGCGGCCACGCCACCAUGCACGCCGAGAACCUGUGGCCGGAGCGCCUGACCAACGUGGCUCAGAUCCUGCAACUGGUGAAUCUCUGGAACCUGACCUUCCAGAAAAGAGGAUGCAAGGUCCUCGUGGCGGCAGGCACUCACGGUAUGAUGCAAGGCAUGGUCCUGAGUUUCGGCGGUCUGCAGUUCACCGAAAACCACCUUCAGUUCCAGGCCGACCCGGAUGUUCUUCACAACAGCUACUCUUUGCGGGGCAUCCAUUACAAUAAAGACCUUAUCAACCUGGCCGUGCUGCAGGACGCCGAGGGUAAGCCCUUCCUGCAUGUGUCCGUCAAGCCUCAGGAGAAACCCGUGAAGCUGUACGCCUGCGAGGCCGGCUGCAUGAACGAGCCUGUGGAGCUGACCUCGGAGCUGCGAGGCCACACGUUUCCGGUGAUGGUGACCCAGCCCAUCACGCCUCUGCUGUACAUCUCCACUGAUCUCACUCACCUGCAAGACCUGAGACACACGAUGCACGUCAAGGCCAUAUUGGCUCACGAGGACCACAUGGCCAAGCAGUACCCAGGCCUGCCCUUCCUUUUCUGGUUCAGUGUGGCGUCCCUCAUCACGCUUUUCCACCUCUUCCUCUUCAAACUCAUCUACAAUGAAUACUGCGGGCCGGGAGCCAAGCCGCUCUUCAGGAGCAAGGAUGAUGUUUCUGUCUGAAGCCUAAUCCAGUGUGCAGAAACAUUAAAUAUGGCUCUAUCUCUGGAUGUCCUCUCGGGAUUGAUUUUAAUCACUGGAGACGUACUGAUGUAUUCAAGACAUGUUUUCCAUUAUUGCUGUGUGAAUUUAAUUAUGAACAUGAUCUUAUUUCUGUCGAGGAUUAUGUAAGUUGUUAAGGUUAAAAUAUGAAGACUAUUUAAAGGUGCCCAGUCAUGUGCAAAUUAGUGAUAAAAUAUCAAUAAUUAUGAAGGAUUCAAACAAGACCUUUAUUAAUGUAUUAUUCUAGCUUAUAAACAAGCACAAUAAUAAAAUCUUAAUGGAAACCAAAUCAAAUAUGCAGCUCCUAAACACUGAUUUUAUGUGAAUGAAGAAACACAUCUUAUAAAAUCGCAAUGAAAUGGAAGUAGCGACAGAGCUUUUCUUCUGUAUUGUGAUGAACAUCUGAGUGUAACAGAUUAUUAAAAAACAAUGUAAGGCAUGGAUUGGUGAUUGGGGAUAGAUGAGUGGAGAAGUCGGGCGUAUGGCACCUUAUUUUCACUGUAAUAAUGAGUUGUGACGUUUUGAUUAUGAGGUCGAAAAAAAUCAGAUACAUGGAUGAAAAUGGGCUAAAUGAAUCUACGUCGGUAGUAGAAGUACUGACCUUUAUUAAAACAGCUGGGAAUAUUGUAUGUAUUUAUUUGAAAAAUCAGCAUUGAACAUCACAGAUUCAAGUUUGUUUACUGUAGGCUUAAUCACAUGGAAUAUAGAAUGCUAUGCUGAUGACACUCAACUCUACCUCUCAUUC